UCACAUUUCCGACCGCCCCUGAAGUCAGCGUACCUCCAUCAGCACCGAGCUGCGACCUGAACUUUCCUUUUUGUUCCUCCCGGAGGAACUUCGCUGUAACAACCGCUGGAGAAGCAACUCAAGGCAAAACUCGGCAGUGUUUGAGAUUUGUGUGUGUGUGUGUGUGUGGGAAACGUAGAAGAAACAAAAAUGAAGUUGGCUUUAAUCCGCAGCGCCUGUGGGAGUCUUCGGGUACACCCAGCCCGUCCAGGAAGCAGCUUCAGCGGCUUUUCGCGGAGGUGCCUUCCCGUUGGGGUUUCCAGCGGCCGGUUGCUCCUCAGACCGGCCAGCGCCUCCUCCAGCAGCUCCAGUACCAGCCCGAAAUUAACCGUGCGCUUUGGGAAUCAGCCCCAGAAUGAGGAUGGGUCAGAAUGCGACAGCUCUUUGCGCGAAGUGGUACAGAGCACCAAGGAGGCAAUGGCAGCGCUGCAGAGUAGAAAUCCAUCGGUCCAGCCUUUGUUGGCCAUUCUACAGGCGGGUGAAGAUGACAGCGUGUUGGAAAUCAAUAAGAAAAUGGCAAGAAAGAUUGGCUUGAACGUAACUCAGAUUUGUCUGGCAAGGGAGAGCAGUGAAGAUGAAAUUGUGGAGGAGUUGCUCAAGCUGAAUGAUGACCCCAGGGUGCAUGGCGUCUUCCUCCACCUCCCCCCGGCUUCCCUCACCGGCCGAGUGCUCAACACGCUCAAACCUGAGAAGGACGUGGACGGGAUAUCAGACUUGAAUAUGGGCCGUCUGGUACGAGGAGAUCUGAGCAAAGGCUUUGUGCCACCACUCGCUUGUGCUGUUUUGGAUCUGCUGGGGAAACAUGAUGCUCAUUUGGAGGGGAAAACUGUAUUGCUUGUUGGGGGAGAAGGACCCCUUCAGCUGGCUCUUCAGUGCCUAAUUGAAAGAAGUGGGAUGGUAGCACUGAGGAGUCGUUGGGACUCCCAGGACCUACAGACACAGGUGAUGCAGGCUGAUGCUUUGGUCUUGUUGGGUACGAGCAACGUGGACGUUCCACCCUCCUGGGUUCGACCAGGGGCUGCUGUAAUCUGCUGUGAGCAAACCAUGGACACAGACAAACAUGCAACAGGCUUGUCUCCCAAGACCGGGUUAGGAUACCUGACAGCAGCCUACAGAACACAGAACGUGGUGCGUAGCUGCAGUCGGUGGCUCCAGGAUCAACAGUACCGACCCUGGCGUCUGCGCAGCCUCAAGCUGCAGCCCCUGACCCCCGUACCGAGUGACAUAGAGAUCUCCAGAGCUCAGACGCCCAAACCAGUAGAUCAGCUGGCCGAGGAGAUCGGUGUGCUGCCCGAGGAGCUUGAGGCCUACGGCAGGAGCAAAGCUAAGGUCCGACUCUCCCUGUUAGACCGCCUCCACUCACAGCCCGAUGGCAAAUAUGUCCUGGUUGCCGGCAUAACUCCCACCCCACUGGGGGAAGGUAAAAGCACAGUGACCAUCGGGCUGGUGCAGGCGCUGUCCGCCCACCUGAAGCUCAACUCCUUCGCUUGUCUCCGACAACCGUCCCAGGGACCCACGUUCGGGGUUAAAGGGGGAGCUGCAGGAGGGGGAUAUGCCCAGGUCAUUCCUAUGGAGGAGUUUAACCUCCAUCUGACUGGUGACAUUCAUGCAAUCACAGCAGCUAAUAACCUGGUGGCAGCAGCCAUCGAUGCCAGGAUGCUCCACGAGGCGACGCAGUCAGACAAGGCCCUGUUCAAUAGACUGGUUCCUUCAGUGAAUGGAGUCAGAAGAUUCUCACCCAUCCAGAUCUGCAGGCUGCGACGUCUUGGCGUCACUAAAACAGAUCCUGCAUCGCUCACGCCAGAGGAAGUCAGCAGCUUUGUGCGUCUUGAUUUUGACCCUUCGAAGAUCACCUGGCAGAGAGUUGUCGAUACGAACGACCGUUUCUUGAGGAAGAUCACAGUUGGACAGGCAAGCACUGAGAAAGGACAGAGCAGAGAGACUGGGUUCGACAUCGCAGUGGCCAGUGAGAUCAUGGCCAUCCUGGCUCUGGCAGACGGCCUGGAGGACAUGAGAAGCAGACUGGCGCGCAUGGUGGUGGGGACCAGCCGCUCUGGACGGCCCAUCACCGCAGAGGAUCUAGGUGUGAGUGGAGCGCUGGCGGUGCUGAUGAAAGAUGCCAUCAAGCCCACAUUGAUGCAGACCCUUGAGGGCACGCCAGUGUUUGUCCACGCCGGGCCCUUCGCCAACAUCGCCCAUGGCAACUCCUCGGUGCUGGCAGACAAGCUGGCUUUGAAGUUGGUCGGACGGGACGGCUUUGUGGUGACUGAAGCUGGAUUCGGGGCGGACAUCGGGAUGGAGAAGUUCUUCAACAUCAAAUGUCGGGCUUCAGGUCUGAGGCCCAGUGUGGUGGUGCUGGUCGCAACCGUCCGCGCUCUGAAGAUGCACGGCGGCGGUCCGAACGUGUCGGCAGGCGCACCUCUUCCUAAAGAGUACAUCGACGAGAAUCUGGACCUGGUUGCAGGCGGUUCCCGUAGUAACCUCAAGAAGCAGAUCCAGAUCGCACACCUGUUCGGAGUACCGGUUGUGGUGGCGGUGAAUGUCUUCAAGACGGACACCCAGGCGGAGAUUGACCUCGUGUGUCAGAUAGCGAAAGACAGCGGGGCAUCCGACGCUGUGCCGUGUCACCACUGGGCGCAGGGAGGGCGGGGGUCUUUAGAGCUGGCCCAGGCCGUGAACGAAGCUGCCAGCAGACCCAGCGACUUUCAGUUCCUCUACAACAUCGAGAUGCCGAUAGUAGAGAAGAUCAGGACAAUCGCCCAGAAAGUGUACGGGGCCGACGACAUCGAGCUGUCUCCAGAGGCCAGGAACAAGAUCGAUUACUACAAUCAGCAGGGUUACGGUUCUUUGCCCAUCUGCAUGGCCAAGACCCACCUGUCCCUGUCCCACAUGCCUGACAAGAAGGGUACCCCCACCGGAUUUGUUUUGCCGAUCAGAGAUGUCCGCGCCAGCAUUGGGGCUGGCUUCAUCUACCCGCUCGUGGGAACGAUGAGCACAAUGCCGGGCCUGCCCACCCGACCGUGCUUCUAUGACAUUGAUCUUGACCCAGUCACGGAGGAGAUCACUGGGCUGUUCUGAGCGCGCUCACUGGACCCAUUCUCAUUGGUAUGCUCUCAUACUCCUUGCUCUGUUCUCAGGAUCCUCGGCUCCGUGCGUGCACCGUCCAACUCAUCCGCCCCCUCUGCGCCUUUUUGACAGGAAAUGAUUUCAUACUCCUCCCAGCAGCCCCACUCCCACCACACAGUCACGGUCACAACCGAUCAGCGGAGCAUUAGCUGUUUGCUGUAUUUGCACAUUAUGUGUCAUUUACCAAGGACAGUUUCCGACAGCAGUAUCCUACACACACACACACACACACACACACACACACAAGAUGAUCUCUCUAUACAUGCUCUCUAUACACAUACUAUAUAUGUUUUCUCUGUAUGGAAGAGUUAGUUUAAGUCUGCUUCAGUUGUACUUGGUGUUUACAUUGACCUUUCAUUGUAGAAAAUAAUUUGCUCCUAUGUCUUAAUAACGGUGCUGCAGUAUUUUUUAUUUUAUUUUUUAUGUCUUGAGCUUUUUAACUUAAGUGGGAAGAGAUUUCAUAUUUAUUAACCAAGCUGCUGUUUUACGCACAGUGUUUCAAAGGUUCAAUACAUUCACUGAAAAACACUACGAAUCGAUGCUUAAUUUCAAAUAGUUUUAUAUUUCGUUUGAUGACAGGCAUUCAUGCUGCCUGUUAUUUAUGUAAUGUGAUUUUUUUUUAUACACUCAUUCCAUUCAUUUUUCACAUUUAAUAUGCUUUUUUCCACCAAAGCUGCCCACUAGCUUGGCAGCUUUUUUCUAUAGCAGUACAGUUUAAGUUUUAUGAUAUAGAAACUAAACAUUACAAUCAGAAGAUCUUCUCUGGAAAUAUUUGUUCUCUCUGACAAAAGUUGUAUGUUAAACAUUUUUCUCCUCAGAUACCAAAGGUGCCUUUCAAAUAAAAUUCCAUAUUAACUCGGAAA